AUGGCCUCCGCCCGGGGGCGCCUGCCCCCCGCGCUCUGGGUCGUCACGGCCGCGGCGGCGGCUGCCACCUGCGUGUCCGCGGCGCGCGGCGAAGUGAACUUGCUGGACACAUCAACCAUCCACGGGGACUGGGGCUGGCUCACGUAUCCGGCUCACGGGUGGGACUCCAUCAACGAGGUGGACGAGUCCUUCCGGCCCAUCCACACGUACCAGGUGUGCAACGUCAUGAGCCCCAACCAGAACAACUGGCUGCGCACCGGCUGGGUGCCCCGCCACGGCGCCCGGCGCGUCUACGCCGAGAUCAAGUUCACGCUGCGCGACUGCAACAGCAUGCCCGGCGUGCCGGGCACCUGCAAGGAGACCUUCAACCUCUACUACCUGGAGUCUGACCGCGACCUGGGCGCCAGCACGCAGGAGAGCCAGUUCCUCAAGAUCGACACCAUCGCGGCCGACGAGAGCUUCACCGGCGCCGACCUGGGCGUGCGGCGCCUCAAGCUCAACACGGAGGUGCGCGGCGUGGGCCCGCUGGGCAAGCGCGGCUUCUACCUGGCCUUCCAGGACAUCGGCGCCUGCCUCGCCAUCCUGUCCCUCCGCGUCUACUACAAGAAGUGCCCCACCAUGGUGCGCAACCUGGCGGCCUUCUCGGAGGCGGUGACCGGGGCCGACUCCUCCUCGCUGGUGGAGGUGCGGGGCCAGUGUGUGCGGCACUCGGAGGAGCGGGACACGCCCAAGAUGUACUGCAGCGCCGAGGGCGAGUGGCUGGUGCCCAUCGGCAAGUGCGUGUGCAGCGCCGGCUACGAGGAGCGGCAGGACGCCUGUGUGGCCUGUGAGCUGGGCUUCUACAAGUCGGCCCCUGGGGAUCAGCUGUGUGCCCGCUGUCCUCCCCACAGCCACUCGGCGGCCCCUGCCACCCAGGCCUGCCGCUGUGACCUCAGCUACUACCGCGCAGCCCUGGACCCGCCGUCUGCAGCCUGCACCCGGCCGCCCUCGGCACCGGUGAAUCUCAUCUCCAGUGUGAACGGGACCUCCGUGACCCUGGAGUGGGCCCCCCCGCUGGACCCGGGCGGCCGCAGUGACAUCACCUACAACGCCGUGUGCCGCCGCUGCCCCUGGGCGCUGGGCCGCUGCGAGGAGUGCGGGAGCCGCACCCGCUUCGUGCCCCAGCAGGCCAGCCUGGUGCAGGCCAGCCUGCUGGUGGCCAACCUGCUGGCCCACAUGAACUACUCCUUCUGGAUAGAGGCCGUCAACGGCGUGUCCAACCAGAGCCCCGAGCCCCGCCAGGCCGCCGUCGUCAACAUCACCACGAACCAGGCAGCCCCGUCCCAGGUGGUGGUGAUCCGCCAGGAGUGGGCAGGGCAGACCAGCGUCGCGCUGCUGUGGCAGGAGCCCGAGCAGCCCAAUGGCGUCAUCCUGGAGUACGAGAUCAAGUACUACGAGAAGGACAAGGAGAUGCAGAGCUACUCCACCCUCAAGGCCGUCACCACCAGGGCCACGGUCUCAGGCCUCAAGCCGGGCACCCGCUACGUGUUCCAGGUCCGAGCCCGCACCUCGGCAGGCUGCGGCCGCUUCAGCCAGGCCAUGGAGGUGGAGACGGGGAAGCCACGGCCCCGCUACGACACCCGGACCAUCGUGUGGAUCUGCCUGACCCUCAUCACCGGCCUGGUGGUGCUGUUGCUCCUGCUCAUCUGCAAGAAGAGGCACUGUGGCUACAGCAAGGCUUUCCAGGACUCGGAUGAGGAGAAGAUGCAUUACCAGAACGGGCAGGCACCCCCACCUGUCUUCCUGCCCCUGCACCACCCCCGGGGGAAGAUCCCGGAGCCCCAGUUCUACGCGGAGCCCCACACCUACGAGGAGCCGGGCCGGGCGGGCCGCAGCUUCACCCGCGAGAUCGAGGCCUCCAGGAUCCACAUUGAGAAAAUCAUCGGCUCCGGAGAGUCGGGAGAGGUCUGCUACGGGCGGCUGCGGGUGCCAGGCCAGCGGGAUAUGCCCGUGGCCAUCAAGGCCCUCAAAGCCGGCUACACGGAGAGGCAGCGGCGGGACUUUCUCAGCGAGGCGUCCAUCAUGGGCCAGUUUGACCACCCCAACAUCAUCCGCCUGGAGGGCGUCGUCACGCGUGGCCGCCUGGCAAUGAUCGUGACCGAGUACAUGGAGAACGGCUCUCUGGACGCCUUCCUGAGGACUCACGACGGGCAGUUCACCAUCACGCAGCUGGCGGGCAUGCUCCGCGGCGUGGGCGCCGGCAUGCGCUACCUCUCGGACCUGGGCUACGUCCACCGCGACCUGGCCGCCCGCAACGUCCUGGUGGACGGCAACCUGGUCUGCAAGGUGUCCGACUUCGGGCUCUCGCGGGUCCUGGAGAAUGACCCCAACGCCGCCUACACCACCACGGGAGGGAAGAUCCCCAUCCGCUGGACGGCCCCCGAGGCCAUCGCCUUCCGGACCUUCUCCUCGGCCAGCGACGUGUGGAGCUUCGGCGUGGUCAUGUGGGAGGUGCUGGCCUACGGGGAGCGGCCCUACUGGAACAUGACCAACCGGGACGUCAUCAGCUCCGUGGAGGAGGGGUACCGCCUGCCAGCGCCCAUGGGCUGCCCUCGGGCCCUGCACCAGCUCAUGCUGGACUGUUGGCACAAGGACCGGGCCCAGCGGCCUCGCUUUUCCCAGAUUGUCAGCAUCCUGGACGCGCUGAUCCGCAGUCCAGAGAGUCUCAAGACCACGGCCACGGUCAGCAGGUGCCCGGCCCCCGCCUUUGCCCGGAGCUGCUUUGACCUCCGAGGGGGCGGGGGCGGCAGUGGGGCCCUCACCGUGGGGGACUGGCUGGACUCCAUCCGAAUGGGCCGCUACCGGGACCAUUUCGCCGCUGGCGGUUACUCCUCGCUGGGCAUGGUGCUGCGCAUGAACGCCCAGGACGUGCGUGCCCUGGGCAUCACCCUCAUGGGCCACCAGAAGAAGAUCCUGGGCAGCAUCCAGACCAUGAGGGCCCAGCUGACCAGCACCCAGGGGCCCCGCCGGCACCUCUGA